AUGGGUGACAUGAGGGAGAUGCCGGCGGCGCGGACGAUGCGGGUGAGGUGGGCGACGUGGGUGAGGUGGGCGACGUGGGCGACGUGGGCGACGUGGACGAGGGUGACAAGGGAGAUGCACAGGGGUGAGGCGGAUGAGGUGCAGCGGUCGACGUGGGCGCGACACGGUCGACGCGGCGUGACACGCGGGCGAGAACGUGGUGGGCGCGUGACGCGGGCAAGGGUGACACGGUGGUCACAGGAUGAGGGCGCGAGGGCACGGGCGGGGGGACGGAGGGCGGAAGGACGCGGACGCGGAGGACGCGAGAACGCGGUGGGCGAGGACGAGCAGGAGAAACAGGGAACACAGGGGGUGGACGACGCCGGGGUGGACGACGCCAGGGUGGAGAAUGCGGAGGGCGCAGGGCGCAGGUGUGGAGAGCGUGACGGCAGCGAGGCGACGUGGGCGAGGGUGAAGGCGGGAGGGCGGACACGUGAAGGAGGGAGGGCGGAGGCGCGGACGGCGCGGACGGCGCGGACGCUGUGGGUGGGCGAUGCGGGAGAUGCGGGGGAAAGAGGGCAUAGUGGGCGACGGGGCGAGGUAGGGAGCAACAUGGGCGAGGAUGAGGACGAGGGGGCGAGUCAGCGGAGGUUGGGGGAUGCGGGAAGCAGAGGGGGCAGGGGAGCGAUGCGUGGGGCUAUGAGUGCGGGGGACGGCGUGAUGGGCGACGCGGGCGGACGUGGACAAGGCCGCGCGGGCGAUGUGGGGGCAAGAUGGGCGAGGGCGAGGCAGAGAAGGCGAGGCGGACGAGCGCGAGCGCGAGAGGGGCAACCUAGGAGGGGAAGGGGACGCGGGAGCAGAAGGGGCGGGAAGAACUUAAGUACUCACCAGAGGAGGCUGCAGGAGCUCACCACAACGGCCAGGCGCGCGAGCGCGAUGGCGCCGAGUGGACGAAGGAUCAGACGACACGCGCGGGGCAGGCGAGGGACGUGGGGGACGCGGGCGAGGGCAAGAGCGACGCGGGCGUGCCGGAAGAUGCGGGAGACGCGUGGCGGAUGUGAGGCGGAUCCGGGUGAUGAAGCGGAGGGCAGGGGCGUGAAGCGGAGGGCAGCGUGGGCAGAGGACGAGGGCUCGCCGGGGGGUGGCAAUGUGGCAAGACGGAUAGGCCCGAGAGUCGGAGAUCGGGGGCGCGGGAGCUCACCGCGAGCCCACAAAACAACUCCUGGGCUUGAGGACGGCCGCGCGCACGCGACGACGCAGCAUGGAUGGAGGGUAGAGGAUGAGCGAGGAUAG